AUGGAAGCUUUGUCAGGGGAACUAGAAAAGCUACGGCUACGCAGCGGCAGCCUUGACGAAGAUGGGAUAGACUCGAUAGCUGGCGAACAGCGGCCACCCAAGCGACAGCGGAAAACCAAAGAGGUCAUCAAGAAGGAAUUGGAGCAAGCAUUCCUAACGCCCUCCAAAUCUUUCAACACGCAGUGGCUGAAUCAGCUUCAGCAGCGCUGGGAUGCACCCACCAAUUACCGAAGCCUGUUCCAGAUCGCCCCAACACAGACCCGGACCAUCAUCCGCUUCACUCGCGAGGGACUGGAAGGCCGCGUCACUGGAUACAAGGAAGUCACCGUUCCAGCAAAUUCAGCAACAGCCAAGAACUCUACUUCACUUCUCAGGAAGCCUGCUAACAGAGCUGAAUUCGUACGUGGUGCAGCUGGCUUCUUUCCAUUCGCGCCCGGUGGCCUUGAUGGCGUGGAAGCAGUAGCUGCUAUCGAGGAUGAAGCAAUCCAGCAGCAAGAGAGUGCGAAUGGGAAGAAAAGUGGCGGUCUCGACAGGGUCAUCAACUUCAGUGCUGAAGGUGGCUUACUAGAGGUGCCGCCUGGCUUUACGCGUGGGCUUGACUUCCAGAAGAAGCCAACUACGGAUGCCAAGACUGCUCAGGAAGUCGAAGAUACCUUGGGCGAAGCAUCUGCAGCUCCCAAGGAUACUGAUGCGGAUGACGAGGAUGCCAACGACAAGACCGGCGCAAAUGGGGAACCUGAUGAAGACCAAGAUGCUGGAGACGAAGAGAUCGAUGCUUUGUUGCCAGUAGAGUUCCCUGCUCUGGCACCUCAUGGUCCACUUGCCAUGAGUGCUGGGAGGAAGGGUGGACGAGAGUGGGCUCACAUGGUUGACAUCAACCGCGACAUUACUAACUUCCGGGAACUUGUUCCGGAGAUGGCGCGCGAGUAUCCCUUUGAGCUCGAUACAUUCCAGAAAGAAGCAGUUUAUCAUCUUGAGCAUGGCGAUUCUGUGUUUGUAGCCGCACAUACGUCCGCCGGCAAGACCGUCGUUGCAGAGUACGCCAUCGCGCUUGCUGCAAAGCAUAUGACGAAAGCUAUAUAUACUUCUCCCAUCAAAGCUCUCAGUAAUCAAAAGUUCCGCGACUUCCGCCAAACAUUUGAUGAUGUCGGCAUUCUUACGGGAGACGUGCAGAUCAGGCCCGAAGCCAGCUGCCUCAUCAUGACUACCGAGAUCCUUCGAAGUAUGCUGUACCGAGGAGCAGAUCUUAUCAGAGACGUCGAGUUUGUCAUCUUUGAUGAAGUGCAUUAUGUCAACGAUCUCGAGCGAGGUGUCGUAUGGGAAGAGGUCAUCAUUAUGCUGCCAGAGCAUGUAACACUCAUCCUACUGUCCGCCACCGUACCCAACACAUAUGAAUUCGCGUCUUGGGUGGGUCGAACAAAGAAGAAAGACAUCUACGUCAUCUCUACCCCGAAACGCCCAAUCCCUCUGGAGCAUUACCUAUGGGCUGGCAAAGGCAUCCACAAGAUCGUCACAGCAGACAAGAAAUUCAUCGAUAAUGGCUGGAAAGACGCGAACGAUAUCCUGUCUGGCAAAGACAAAGUCAAGGCACCCCCUGCAAACGAUGCACAAGCCGGCAGAGGCGGUGGUGGUCGCGGAGGCCCACCCGCUAGAGGAGGCCAGAACCAACGCGGACGAGGUCAACAAGGUGGCGGUCGAGGGGGACCUCGCGGUGGAGGCCCACCCGCUGCUAGAGGCCGAGGUAAUAUCGCAAGGACGGGCCGUGGUGGCGGUCGUACGACUGCCGCCCAGGAUAGAAACAUCUGGGUCCACCUCAUACAGCAUCUCCGAAGCAAGGAUCUCCUGCCUGCUUGCAUAUUCGUCUUCUCCAAGAAGCGGUGCGAGGAGAAUGCCGAAGCGCUCUCUAACAUCGACUAUUGCAAUGCUGCAGAGAAGAGUGCGAUACACAUGACCAUCGAGAAGUCACUCGCUCGACUGAGCAAGGAAGACCGUGAGCUUCCCCAGAUCAAGCGGCUGAGAGAGCUGCUUAGUCGAGGUAUUGCCGUUCAUCACGGUGGCAUGUUGCCGAUCGUCAAGGAGGUUGUUGAGAUCCUCUUUGCGAAGACGCUUGUCAAGGUUCUCUUUGCCACGGAAACUUUCGCUAUGGGACUUAAUCUUCCCACCAGGACCGUUGUGUUCUCUGGGUUCCGUAAGCACGACGGCCGGGAGUUCCGUGAUUUGCUGCCCGGCGAGUACACGCAGAUGGCCGGUCGUGCAGGUCGGCGAGGACUUGACACUGUCGGCACUGUCAUCAUCUGCGCGCCAGGAGCCGACGAGGCGCCACCAGCAGCCAGACUCCGUCAGAUGAUGCUGGGGGAACCCACGAAGCUGAGAUCACAGUUCCGUCUCACCUACAACAUGAUGCUGAACCUUCUUCGUGUAGAGGCCCUGAAGAUCGAAGAGAUGAUCAAGCGAAGUUUCAGUGAGAACGCUACUCAAGCAUUACUGCCUGAACAUCAAGGCAAGGUCAAGGUCUCGGAGGCUGAAUUGGAGAAGAUCAAGCGAGAACCUUGUGAUAUCUGCGAUGUCGACCUAGAGGCGUGCCAUCAGUCUUGUGAGGACUACAAGCGACUAACCAAUGAAAUGCAUCUGAGUCUGCUCAUCAACCCUAUCGGCAGGAAAGCUUUGUCAAAGAACAGGUUGAUCGUAUACAAGAAGGACAACAAACGAACAGCGGGUAUGUUAAUGCAAGAUGGCACUAGCAAGGGCAACGAGCCUACAGUCAAAGUCUUGGAGGUGGCGCAGCAUCACGAUCGUCAGCCUGACGACCUUUUGCCGUAUCUCGGUCCCUUUGCAAAGCAUUUCCGCAAACUGCCGAACAGCCCCAAGGACUUGAUCCUGAAGGCAGCCUACGUACCCCUGAACGACAUCGAGUGCUUCACCAAGACCAUCAUCGAUGUUCCUGAUUCUGUUCAAAAUUUGAAUCGCAAGAAGGCCACAUCAGACACAUUGAAGCUGGCUGAAUCCCAAUUCCUGCCCUUGUGUGGAUCAUGGGAUUACGAAGACUGGGAUGAGUACGAUUACAGCAAGAUCAAGAGCCUCAAGUUCCGUGAACUGGAGGAAGCCCGCAGGAAAGAAGGACUCAAUGCGGUUAGCAAAGAAUGUUUGAAAUGCCCAAACUUCUUGAAACAUUUCACCAUGGAGCACGAUCAAUGGCUGAUCAAAGAAAACAUCCUUGCUCUCCGCCAGCUCAUGUCAGACCAAAAUCUACAGCUACUCCCUGACUAUGAACAGCGCAUACACGUACUCAAGGAUCUCGGCUUUAUUGAUGAAGGUUCUCGCGUAGAGCUGAAGGGCAAGGUAGCCUGCGAGAUUCACUCGGCGGAUGAGCUGGUCCUUACCGAGCUCGUUUUAGAAAACGUCCUCGCCGAGUACGAACCGGAAGAAAUCGUCGCACUACUGUCGGCGUUUGUCUUCCAAGAGAAGACCGACGUAGAGCCUACGCUAACUGCAAAUCUGGAACGCGGCGUCGCAAAGAUUGUUGAGAUCUCCGAAAAGGUCAACAAGAUACAGACUCUGCACCAGGUUAUCCUCUCGGCGGAUGAUUCGAAUGACUUUGUCAGCAAACCCCGCUUCGGCAUGGUCGAAGUGGUGUAUGAGUGGGCACGAGGCAUGUCAUUCAAUCGCAUAACAGACCUGACAGAUGUCAUGGAGGGCACCAUUGUCCGCGUCAUCACCCGACUAGACGAGACGUGCCGCGAAGUCAAGAACGCGGCUCGGAUUAUCGGCGACCCGACGCUGUUCCAAAAAAUGGGAACGUGUCAGGAACUCAUCAAACGCGACAUUUGCAACUGCGCAAGCUUGUACCUGUAA